AUGGGCAAGGAAAAGAAGCCAAAGUUUCGCGAGAUAGCUAGUCAAAGCGUAUUUGUACGCUCCUUAUGGUCACAGAAGUGCAUCUUCCUGGAUUGUCAUGACAAAAGACCAGCGGGUCACUUGACGUGUGGAGCUCGCUUUAAGAAGAACAGCUAUCUUCUGAAACACAUGAAGAGACACGCUCAACCAGCUUCAGUAAAGCCACUGGCGAAGAAGCAGAAGUUAAGCCCCUCUCAGUCUGUAGAGAAAGCUCCAGAAAGGAUCGAAUCCAUACUCACUACACCAGGUUUAGAAGAUGACAGCCCAAGUGAAUGGGAAAUGCAAGACCCUGGCAACCUGGAAGAAGUUCUAUUUGGAUCUUGUAGUGGGAUAUAUGAAGAGGAAGAGUCAAAGGCAAAGGAUGAAGACAAUGAUCUAGAAAUCGGACGAAUAGUGAGGAAGAAAACUCAACCUGUCUUGUUCACUGGACGCAGAUCCGAAGAAACCAAUCAAAAUCAGAAGUUUCGUAUCGAAAGUAGCAAUCUGGAGCCAUCUACAAGGAAUGUAGCCGGGCAAGCAGACUAAAAUGAGUGAUGAGUACCGAGAGACACUCUGAAGUCGCAAAUGCCCGACUCUUUGAUGUUCCAAGUAUCUCAUAUUUUGUGUUCGUGAGCGUUGCUUGUUAGAUUCAGCGGGUAGACAUUUGUUGUCAGAAAAAAGGUGCUUCGUGGGGUCGGUUUGAAGUGACCGAUAGAAGCGA